UAAUCGGCCAUGUUGACCGUGUGAACGUCUGAAUUUGGUAGCAGUAAAACAUGUUUGUUGUACAACUUUAUUCGUUUUCUCCUUGUAAAUGAGAGAGGGAGAAAACCGUUCGUAAUCCUUAUCUUGCUCUGAAAAGUUAGGUGUAUUUUUGCGUCCGCUUUGGGAUGUAUCGACGCGGCGGAGGCAAGAAGGAGCACGGCAGAACGGCGAAGGAGGAGGGCGACGGCGGUAAAUACAGCGAGCUCCUGGUUUUCGGCUACGCCUGCAAGCUGUUCCGGGACGAUGAGCGGGCGCUCUACCACGAACAGGGAAAACACCUUAUCCCAUGGAUGGGGGACAAGAACAUCACGAUCGAUAGGUACGAUGGGCGCGGUCAUUUGCAUGACCUGUCGGAGUACGACGCCGGGUCCUGGAACCGCGCCUACCAGCUGUCCGAGGAGGAGGCCCGGAUCGAGGCGUUGUGCGACGAGGAGAGGUACCUGGCCCUCCACACUGACCUGCUGGAGGAGGAGGCCAGGCAAGAGGAAGAAUACAAGCGUCUGAGCGAGGCCCUGGCGGACGAGGGCACCUACAACGCCGUGGGCUACCGCUACAGCGCCGACUACUACGACCCCUCCCAGCCCACCGAGGAGGAGGACGCCUCCAAGGACACGGAGGAAGAGCCCGAGCCCCAGGAAAGCGAGGAGCCCUUCGUAGCCCCCCCUGGCCUGGUCGUACCCCCUGAUGUGGAGCUGCCGGCCACUGUCAAGAUGCACGCCAUCAUCGAGCGCACGGCCAACUUCGUGUGCAAGCAGGGGGCGCAGUUCGAGAUCGUGCUGAAGGCCAAGCAGUCGAGGAACUCCCAGUUCGACUUCCUGCGCUUCGACCACUACCUGAACCCCUACUACAAGCACGUGCUGCGGGCCAUGAAGGAGGGCCGGUACACACCCGUGUCAGAGGCCAAACAGGAGACCCAGGAAGAAUCUCAGUCGGACGAUUCGGACGAUGACAACAGCGAUGGGAACUACCUCCACCCCAGCCUGUUUGCCACCAAGAAGAGCUCCCGUCUGGAGGAGAUCAUGAAGCCUCUGCAGGUCAUGGACCCGGAUCACCCGCUCGCGGCGCUGGUCCGGAAAGCCCGGCAGGACAAAAACGGAGCGGCUGCCGUGGCGACCGAACAGGCGGAAGGGGGCGGGGAGGUGGCCUCGGCCACGCCCACGCCCGCGGCGCCGGAUUACGCCGCUGACCCCAAUGUAGCUGCAAUGUAUUAUGGGUACUGCAUGCUGCCGGAUGGGACGUACUGCCUGGCCCCGCCUCCCCCAGGGAUGGACGCCACCACUUAUUACAGUUCCCUCCCGGGCGGGGUUAUGCCUCCUCCGUCCGCAUCGAGCGUGCCCCCGCCCCCCGGGACCACGCCCCCUCCUCCCCCCGACUCCGUCAGCUCCGCCCCAACACCUGCCCCCAGCCAAGUCCCCCUGGCUGCUCCUGCCGUCACCCCGGCAACCAGCUCCCGCUCCCAGGCCCCUGUGGCUGCCAUCAUCCCCCCUCCCCCGGACGUUCAGCCAGUCAUCGACAAGCUGGCGGAGUACGUGGCCAGGAACGGACUCAAAUUCGAGGCCAGCGUGCGCAGCAAGAACGACCCACGGUUUGAGUUCCUGCAGUCCUGGCACCAGUACAACACCUACUACGAGUUUAAGAAGCACUACUUUAUGCAGAAGGAAGGGAUCAGUCUGGCGGAGAGUGGCUCUCCCUCGGACAACAGGAGCGUGUUAGAGGGGGCCGUGUCCGCUGGCUCGGGGGCGGAGCCCGACGCCGCCGCCGGCUCCAUGAAGCCACCGAGCGAGGGCAAACUCGUUAAAGCCUCCUUCGCCCCCAUCUGCUUCGCCAUCAAGGCGAAGGAGAACGACAUGCUUCCCCUGGAGAAGAACCGCGUCCGCUUGGACGACGACUCAGACGACGACCAGGAGAAGGAGGCGGGGCAGGAAGGGGGCGUGGCUGCCGUGGGCGCUGUGGUGAUCAGGGAGGCUCCCCCAGUCCCCGUUCCUGAAGAGAGGAAGCCCGCGCUCACACUGGAGGAGCUAGAGGCCAAACAAGCCAAGCAGAAGCUGGAGGACCGGCUGGCGGCAGCGGCGCGGGAGAAGCUGGCCCAGGCCUCCAAGGAGUCCAAGGAGAAGCAGCUGCAGGCCGAGCGCAAGAGGAAAGCCGCCCUGUUCCUGCAGACGCUGCGUGGCCCGCUAACGGCGGAGCCCGAGGCCCGGCGGCCGGACGAGCCCCCCGCCCCGCCCGAGGUCAGUGUUCACCCCCCCCUCCUACCAGGUGGUAGAGUGGCCCCCGUUAGAAGCAAAGAGCCGCCCACUGCGCCCCUGCCGCCCUCUUCCUCGUCCUCGUCUUCCUCGCGCGGCCAGGAGAGGGAGAAGAAGAAGAAGAAGCACAAGAAGCGGUCCCGCACGAGGUCCAGGUCCCGCUCCCGGUGUCGGUCCCGUUCGCGCUCGUCGUCACGGUCCCGGUCCCGGUCCAAAACCAAGCACGCCCUCCCCAGCGCCUACAGAACUGUCCGCAAGUCCAGGUCCCGGUCGAGAUCGCCCGGCCGGAGAGAGAGGGGGGCGCGGUCGUCUGAGAGGAGGCGGGAAGAACGAGAGCGGGAGAGAGAGCGAGAUCGCUACGUCCCCAGUGCCUAUCGCCUUGGCAACAGCCCCGGCUUCAGCAAGAAGCGCUCCCGGUCCAGGUCUCCUCAUGAGAAGAGGAAGAGGAAAAGCUCCAAGUCUCACAUGAAGCCCAAGGCCUCAUCCUGCUCGCCCUCCUCUUCCCCCGGGCGAGCUGGGAGCAGGAAGCGGGCGUCGGCCCAUUCUGUCAGCCCCUCCCCCUCCGGUAGCCCCGCCUCAAGCCUGGAAAGGUCCAGAGGGGGGUCUCUGGAGAAGGACAAACAGGUGUCCUCCGCCAUCGUCUCCUCGGUUCAGACGAAAAUCACUCAGGACUUGAUGGCCAAAGUCAGAGCCAUGCUAGCCGCUUCCAAGGACAUGCGGAGCGGCACUUCCUGAAGGGGGUGGGGCGCGCCACAGCCGUGGAGAGAAACGGGCAGGAACCAAUCACAACCUUUCGCUGCCUCACCACGACAACUGAGCCUCCCGGCCAAUCGGCACGCAGGACCCUGCCUGGGGCACAGCACAGGACCAUUGUGCUUUUAGUUGUAUUUUCAAUUCAGACUUUUUUUUUUUUUAGUUGAUUUUCUAUGUACCCCUCAGUGUGUCCGAUAGAUACUGAAGUGCUCCUCUGUGGGUGGACAGGGUGGAGUUAGUGUAGACACUGUUGAAAUUGUCAGUUUAAAGCAGUAUCUGAUCUGUGAUUUUACUGUAUGAGAAAAAGGAAACGCGUAUGGCUUGGGAAAUCACAGCAGAGUUAAAGGGGUCAACAGUAGGAUUUUACAAGGAUCCCUCGCUAUAAAACAAAACUGAAAUCAUAAAGCCAUUCAUAACUUUCAGAUCAGAUUCAAAACAUUCAGAUCUCUAGUUGAAUAAAUAACCAGCAUUUAAAAAAGAUUCAUUUUCCUCCGAAUAAUAACUAAGCAUUUUUUUCUUCACAGUUUUUGUGUUACCUUUAAAAAGAGAGGGGCAGAACUGUAACCUUCUGUGAAGGUUUUUUUUUCCCCCCUUGGUUUUUAGUCAUUAGCCCAGACAGGUCAAUGUCAAACUCUGGGCGGUCUCCUCUUAUGUUCCUCCCCUCAGUUUGAUUUUGUGGCCUUCAAUCUUUGUUUGUACAGGGCUUCAUGUUG